AUGCACGGACCGAUCUCCUUGAGAUGGCGCAAACGACGGCUGACCCUUGGCAUUAUCUUCUUCAUCACAACUGUGUUUCUCUUCUGGUACUUUGGAGCAUUCGGAGACAACUGGCAGUAUUCGCCAAAACCGGCCCCAAAACCACCAGCACAGCCAAAUGGACCGUUGGUCGUUACUCUUCCGGGCUACGGAUCCUUCCAAGGCACCCAAAUACUCAAAAACUUGAAAAAGACGGCAUCUUUGGAUCGGCCUGUGGAUGCAUGGAUGGGAAUAGAGUAUGCCACUCAGCCUGUUGAUCUUGAUCGAUUCAAGCCUGUCACAUGGCCCAAAGCUUUUGAUGGCACAAAAGAUGCAUCGUCCUCGGGACCCGCCUGCUUCCAGAAUAUGUAUGACUCGGUCGGGCAGUCUGAGGCUUGUCUGACCAUCAAUGUCUAUCGGCCAUCGAAUAUACCAAUGGGAAAGAAACUUCCCGCCUUGGUUUUCCUUCACGGGGGCUCUUUUGUCUUUGGUUCCCACCGGAGUUUUGAUGGUGCCACAUUUGUGGCGAAGAGUAAGCAGCCCUUGAUGGUGGUCACCGUGCAAUACCGUUUAGGCGCGCUGGGUACCCUUCCAGCCAAGUUUAUGGAAGAGGCAGACCUAUUGAACCUAGGUAUCCGCGAUCAAAGGUUAAUGCUGGAGUUUGUCCAAAAAUACAUUGGCGAGUUUGGCGGUGAUGCAGAUAAAAUUACUCUUGGAGGCCAGAGUGCGGGCGGUCAUUCCGUGGGUAUUCACUUGUUCCAUCAUUAUGGCGACGACGCAGGCAGGAAACCCUUGUUCAGCCAGGCUAUUCUCUCCUCCGGUUCUCCGACAGCGCGUGCAUUUCCUGGCGUGGAUAGCGCAUUGUACCAGCGACAAGUAGAGCAAUUUAUGGACUACAUUAAUUGUCCAUUGACGCCUGGGGCGGCAGCUCUCAAGUGUCUCCGCUCUGCGGAAGCCGAUGACAUUCAAUUCAUAUCGACCUCACUGUACAACGCACACAACUACAACAUUACUUGGCCGUGGCAACCAGUUUCCCCAGGCCCUUUGCUGGAAAAGCGCGGAUCACAAUCGGGCAAGGACGGCACAUUUUACAAAAUGCCCGUCUUGAUCUCCUCCACCACGGACGAAGGCAAGUCUUUUGCACCCCAAGAUCUACACCGCGCCGAAGAGUUUCUCAAUUUCUGGGCCAACCUCGCACCAGCUCUUUCAAACGCAGAUCUCGUUGAACUGGAGACAUUGUAUCCUGAAACAAACGCAAAGAAUCUACUUGCAAACACGAAUUAUGUCUCCUUGCAAUUUGAACGUAUUGCCGCAGCCUAUGGAGAUUAUGCGUACAUAUGCCCAGUGCAAGAUACAGCAACAAGACUUGCAUUGGCCGGUGCCCCCGUCUAUAAAGCAAGAUUCAAUACACCCAACUGGGCUCCUGCGUACAUGGGUGUUCCUCACGCGAGCGAUGCAGCGUACUUCAACGGACAGGCAAGAACGCAGUAUCCCGAAAUAGCAGACUUGUACAGUGCCUACUGGGCCAGCUUUGUCGCUAGCGGUGAUCCGAAUACACAUGCUGCAGCCGGUGCGCCGACAUGGGAAAAAUACACGGGUGCGGAGAAGAACGGUAUGCAGCUGGUGGUGAAUCCGCCCGAUAAGGGAGGUGCAAUUAUGGAAAAGGAGGAAGAGGGUAUCAGAAUGGAGCAAUGCAGAUGGUGGCGAGAUGAGGAUAGGGCGAUGAGACUGAACAAAUAG